UUGUUUGUAGUGGGAAAUAGCAGCUCAGUGCUAACCGCUAACAACAAGAAAUGGCUGAAUAUUCUCGUGUAAAAUCAUCCAAACUGGUUUUGAAAGGUCUAAAUAAAGGGAAAAAGAAGAAACAUAAAGAUAAGAAGAGAAAGGCAACAGAUGAUGAAGAAAAAAAUGAUGUUGUUGGUGGUUGGUGGUCUGUCAGCGGCUUUGGGGAAAUCAGUGGAACAGUUGCCAUAGAGAUGCAGAACAACUCGUACAUCCAUGCCCUGGAUACUGGUCUCUUCACAGUUGGUGCACCACACAAAGAUGAUGAAGGACCAGACCCUCCAGAGCAGUUUACUGCCAUCAAGCUCUCAGACUCACGAAUAGCCUUGAAGUCCGGAUAUGGCAAGUACAUCGGUAUCACCUCGGAGGGUUUGGUGGUGGGGCGGUCUGAUGCCAUUGGCUCCAGGGAACAAUGGGAACCCGUUUUUCAAGAAGGCAAAAUGGCUCUCAUGGCAGCAAAUAGCUGUUUCAUCUCCUACAGUGACAGUGGGGACAUCGAGGCCAAAAGCAAGACAGCAGGGGAUGGCGAGAUGGUGAAGAUCAGAUCGUGUGUGGAACGAGAGGUCAAGCGUAAAGAUGACAUUGCGGAUGAAGACCGGGGCAACGUGAAGUCCUGUGAGGUCAAUUAUGUGAAGAAGUUUCAGAGCUUCCAGGAUCGGCGGCUCAGGGUUAAUGAGGACGACCCGAAUACACUGAAGAAAGCGAGAACGGAUGGAAAGUUUCAUGAAGCUUUACUUGACAGGAGGAGCAAAAUGAAAGCAGACAGGUACUGCAAGUGAAGAUCCAACUUUGUAGAUCAGCGCCAUGUCUUUGUAAAUGUCUUGCUUCUAUAGACUUGACGUUUGAUGUAUUUUUUAGUUUGUUUUUAUAUUUUGAAUAAACAUGACAUGGUCAAAUCAG